GCCUACAAGAAGUGCCUCAUGAGGGCCCAAUGUGUGACUUGCUGUGGUCAGAUCCAGACGACUGUGGUGGUUGGGAUGUGUCUCCUCGAGGAGCUGGUUAUACUUUUGGGCAAGAUAUUUCUGAGACAUUUAAUCAUGCCAAUGGCCUCACGUUGGUGUCUAGAGCUCACCAGCUGGUGAUGGAGGGAUAUAACUGGUGCCAUGACUGGAAUGUAGUAACGAUUUUCAGUGCUCCAAACUAUUGUUAUCGUUGUGGUAACCAAGCUGCAAUCAUGGAACUUAAUGAUACUCUAAAAUACUCUUUCUUGCAGUUUGAUCCAGCUCCUCGCAGAGGUGAGCCACAUGUCACCUGUCGUACCCCAGACUACUUCCUGUAAUGAAAUUUUAAACUUGUACAGUAUUGCCAUGAACCAUAUAUUGACCUAAUGGAAAUGGGAAGAGCAACAGUAACUCCAAAGUGUCAGAGAAUAGUUAACAUUCAAAAAACUUGUUUUAACAUGGACCAAAAGAUGUGCCAUAUAAAAAUACAAAGCCUCUUGUCAUCAACAGCCGUGACCACUUUAGAAUGAACCAGUUCAUUGCAUUCUGAAGCGACAUUGUUGGUCAAGAAACCAGUUUCUGGCAUAGCGCUAUUUGUAGUUACUUUUGCUUUCUCUGAGAGACUGCAGAUAAUAGGAUGUAAAUAUUAACACCUCGUGAAUACAAUUUAACUUCCAUUUAGCUAUAGCUUUACUCAGCAUGACUGUAGAUAAGGAUAGCAGCAAACAAUCAUUGGAGCUUAAUGAACAUUUUUAAAAAUAAGUACCAAGGCCUCCCCUCUACUUGUGAGGUUUAAAAUCGUUUUGUUAUUUUCAGGGAUACCGUUUAAUUUAAUCGUAUGAUUUGUCUGCACUCAGUUUAUUUCCCUACUCAAAUCUCAGCCUCAUGUUGUUCUUUGUUACUGUCAGAACCUGGUGAAUUGUUUUGAACAGAACUGUUUUUUUCCCCUCCUGUAAUAUGAUGUUACUGCACAAGAGCACUGCGGUGUUUUUCAUAAUAAACUUGUGAACUAAAAAAAAAAAA